AUGGACAAAGUGCAGUAUAAAAUGAUAAUUAACUUGAUAUUCUUUUGUUUGGUGAUGGGCGCGGCGCUUACGGAAGCGCCAGACGCUGCAGAUGUUUGUUUCCGAGUGCCCGGUGAGAAUAGUGUGGAGUGCAACGUACGGACACUGUCGUCGGACCGGGAUGUGAUCGGUUCGAUGCACUCGGAUGGCGCGGAGAGGCUUGCGAUCCGAUGCGGCUCGCAUCUUCUUGAGAGCACGUUGAAGGAUCAUUACUUCGGAAAAAUGCAAGGUUUGACGGAGAUCACUCUAAACGAUUGCAAAAUUCUCCGGCUUCCAGGUAACGUCUUCGAGGGUCUUCGAGGUCUCAAAACUCUGAAGUUACGUUCAAUGAAUAACCAAUGGGGUCAUAAUAAAGAGUUGGAACUUUCUUUGGGAGCUUUUAAUGGCUUAAGAGAACUGCAAACUUUGGAUUUGGGAUACAAUAACAUAAGAAAGAUCCCGUCAGACCUGUUCUGUGCACUGGAAAAUAUAAUUUCGCUUAAUUUAACACGUAACAAAAUCAAGUUCGUUGAUGAGUUAGGCUUCGGUCACAAGUGUGGAUCUACUUUGCAGACUAUUGAUUUAAGCUACAAUGACAUCAUGUCCUUGCCAGCUGACUCUGAAAUAUUGCACUUGCGGAGGCUAACAGAACUAUUUCUACAAAACAAUAAAAUAAGCGAACUGCCGGAGGAAGUUUUCAGUGACUUAUUAUCGCUGAAAGUUGUGAAUCUAUCCGAGAACGCAAUAAAUUAUUUACCAGAAGGUCUAUUUCAAAAUACGAGAGAAAUUCGUGAAAUAUACUUAAGUUAUAAUGAGCUAGAAAUUUUGCCAAAAAAGUUAUUGAAUAGAUUGGAACAAUUAGUUGUGUUAGAUCUUUCAACAAACAAAUUAAAAGGAGAUCAUAUAGAAGUAGAAACAUUCGGCGGUCUAAUAAGAUUGAUUGUGCUCGAUUUAUCACACAAUGCCUUUACUGGAGUAGCACAAAACAUGUUUAAGGAUUUAUUUUUUCUACAAAUUCUCAAUUUAAGCAAUAAUUCUAUCGGUUUUAUUGAGGACAAUGCUUUUUCACCGUUGUUCAAUUUACACACUUUAAAUUUAGCACUUAACAAACUUCGGACUAUAGAGGAUCAUGUGUUUAAUGGGCUUUUUAUAUUAAAUAAAUUAAACCUAAACAACAAUAUUUUAUCCUAUGUGGCCGAAAACGCGUUUAAAAAUUGUUCCGACUUAAAGGAGUUAGACUUAAGUUCUAAUAAAUUGACGAAAGUUCCCGAGGCUAUUUUGCAAUUACCGUUUUUGAAAUCGUUGGAUUUAGGAGAGAAUUUAUUAACAGAAAUUUGUAACAAUUCUUUUCAAAAUUUAUCUCAGUUGACCGGGCUACGUUUAAUUGACAAUCAAAUUGGUAACCUUACUGCUGGAAUGUUUUGGGGCUUACCAAGCCUACAAGUUCUAAAUUUAGCCAAAAAUAAAAUUCAGUCGAUCGAGACCGAAACCUUUCAAAAGAACUUGCAAUUGGAAGCCGUUCGAUUGGACGGUAACUUUAUUUCUGAUAUAAACGGGGUAUUCGUGUCAUUGACAAAGUUGUUAUGGUUAAAUUUAUCUGAAAAUCACCUUGUGUGGUUUGAUUAUGCUUUUAUACCGUCGAGCUUAAAGUGGCUCGACAUUCACGCAAAUUUUAUUGAGGUACUAGGUAAUUAUUACAAAAUUCAAAAUGAUUUACAUGUUAAGACUUUAGAUGCGAGUCAUAAUCGUAUAGUGACUUUGACCCCAAUGUCUAUACCUAACAGCGUGGAACUAUUGUUUAUUAAUAAUAAUUUUAUUUCGAGUAUUGAUCCAGAUACAUUUAUUGAAAAGAGCAAUUUGACUCGCGUCGAUAUGUAUGCCAAUGAAAUCGAAAGUUUGGAUAUAAAUAGCUUGCGCAUCUCAAGAGUUGAUGAUCAUGCAUUACCAGAAUUCUAUAUUAGUGGUAAUCCUUUUAAAUGUGAUUGUACUAUGAAAUGGCUUUUACUUAUCAAUUCAAUUAGUUCUCGAGAAUAUCCACGAGUGAUGGAUUUAGAAAACGUGAUUUGUAAAGAAUCAUAUGUCCGAGGUAUCAAAUAUCUUCCAGUUAGUUCUUUACAUACUAAGGAUUUUCUUUGUAAAUAUGAUAGUUACUGUCCAGAAGAUUGUCACUGUUGCGACUUCACUUUCUGUAACUGUAAAACUGUUUGUCCUAAUAACUGUUCAUGUUACCACGAUUCACCGAAAACCACAAAUGUUGUUGAUUGCUCUGUAAAACUUUUAAACGCCGUUCCUCGUGAUUUUCCUAUAGAUGCGACUCAUAUUUAUUUAGAUGGUAAUAAUUAUAAUGAUUUGAACGAAACUAUUUUCAUUUCAAUGCAUAAAGCAAUUGUUUUAUAUUUAAAUUCUAGUAAUAUAGUUGAUAUAAAAAAUGAAACAUUUCGUAGUCUAAAUGACUUGCGCAUAUUACAUUUAGAUGAUAACAAAAUAAGAUAUUUGCACGGCCUUGAGUUUUUUAAACUGAGUAAUUUAAAAGAAUUAUACCUUCAAAAUAAUGCUAUCGAGUUUAUUUCAAAUGUCAGUUUUUCCUUUUUACUCGCUCUUGAAGUUUUACGCUUGGAUGGAAACAGACUCGUUAACUACGGCUUGUGGCAUUUGGACAAUAACAAAAAGUUGCAAACGUUGUUUGUAGGCAACAACUAUUGGUCUUGUAAUUGUAAAUAUUUACAAGGAUUCUUAAUGUACAUAUCACAGAAUUUGGAAAAAGUGAUAGAUAUUCAUAAUUUGUAUUGUUUUAAUGAUAAAACUAGCCCGACAAAAAAACCUCUUAAUUUAAAUGUUACAGUUUGUAGUGAAAUAAGCGAUACGUCGAUUAUUAGUGCGUUCUUUGUUUCAAACAAUAUUCCAUUACUGGCCUCGGCUCUUACUGGAUUCAUGCUUAUUUUAUUAAUAUUAGCGUUAGUGUUUACAUUUAGAUAUGCUUGCCGAAUGUGGUUAUACUCAAAUUGUGGUAUUAAGCUCUCUCCCUUAGCGGGGGCUUUUAACGAUGCUGAUAAGCUUUAUGACGCUUACAUUUGUUACAGUCCCAAAGAUGAAGAGUUCGUUAUAGAAUCUUUAGCUCGGGAGCUCGAAAAUGGCUACCCGUCCUAUCAUCUCUGUCUACAUUACAGAGACGUGCCGCAAUUUGAGGCUACAUAUGCUCAGUUCCCCGAUUUAGUAGUUGAAGCGACUGAAGCGUCAAGGCGCAUUAUAGUUGUGUUAUCGAAAAAUUUUAUUCUAACAGAAUGGUCACAUGUAGAGUUUAGACAAGCUUUACAGAGAGCUCUUCGAAAAAAUCCUCAUAAAUUAAUAAUAGUUGCCCUAGGGCUUGUUGCGCGAGACCCAGAAUUAAAAUCGUAUUUCAAAACUGGUUUGGAAAUAACAUGGAAAGAGAAACGCUUUUGGGAAAGAUUACGAUAUGCGAUGCCCUCUUCUAAGCGACGCGGUCACAAAUUGAAAAGACUUAAUUAUGGGAGAAACUCUAACACAUACACAAUGGACGCGUCUGUUUUAAAUAGUACCUGUCAGACGCUUUGUGGUAAAUCUGCUAACUCGGCGGAGCGCUCGCCUUGCGAUAGGCCGUUGUCGGAGCAUAUAUACUCCACUAUAGAUUCGGAUUACUCAUCCAAUGAUUUCCACGGCCGCCACAAUCAACCACAGUCGGUGGUUUUACAACAUACAGUUCAAACGUACCUGGUGUAAAGAGCCUAGUAAUUAUUAUCAGAACGAUCUCAAUUGUUACGAUAGGCAUCGCUAAAAUGUCGCUUAGCUGUGAAGAAAAAUAAUUAUUGUCCCAUUUUGUACAUAGUCUUCAUAGUGUUUGUAUAGUUAUAACUUUUGUACAAUAACGAUACCAAAUUUUGCAUUUCUGUGGGAUUUGCUUCUAAAUAUUUAUUGCAUAUUGUUUCAUAGGUAGUUUUAUGAGUAUUAAUUCGAAAGACUGUAAAUUAUUAUUGUGUAGAUUAUAAAUAAAUUUGGCUGAUGUUUGUAUAGUCAUGUAAUAAAUGAAUUUUAUGACUGCGAUAA